AUGGUUGAGACCGGUGUCACCUACGAGCAGCUCGCUGAUCUCGAGCACGAGUUCGAGAUCGUUGAGAACGAGAUCGUCCGCAAGCAGUACGAGCUCUCCAAGCCUCUGUACGAGAAGCGCGCCGCCAUCGUCUCCAAGAUCCCCAACUUCUGGGCCCUCGUCUUUGAGCAGUCGCCCCCCGAGGUCGACGAGCACAUCCAGCCCUCCGACGCCGCCCUGCUCCUCUCCUCCCUCAAGAACAUCUCCGUCUCCCGCCCCGAGAUUGAGAACAGCUCCGGCGGCGACCCCCGCUCGCUGACCAUCCGCUUCGAGUUCAACGAGAACGAGUACUUUGAGGACUCGGUCGUCGAAAAGACCUUUUGGUACCGCCACUCCGCCACCUACACCGGCCUCGUUUCCGAGCCCGUCGACAUCAAGUGGAAGGCCGGCAAGGACCUGACCGAGGGCCUCCUCUCCGCCGCCAAGAAGGUCUGGGACCAGGGCCCCAUCACCCCCGGCAAGCUCACCCCCGAGGCUGAGGCCCUCCGCAAGAAGGUCGAGGAGACCGCCAUGGGUGGCGUCUCCUUCUUCUCCUUCUUCGGCUACGUCGGCAAGCGCAUCUCCGCCGAGGAGAGCAAGGCCGCCCUCGCCAAGGAGGUCAAGGAGUUUGAGGACCGCAAGGCCGGCAAGAAGGCCGGCGAGGAGGCCGAGGAGGAGGGCGACGAGGACGAGACCGAGUUCGAGCUCGAGAUCUUCCCCGACGGCGACGACGUCGCCGUCGCCAUCGCCACCGACCUGUGGCCCGAGGCGCUCCACUACUUUACCCAAGCCCAGGAGGCCGGCGAGCUGUCCGAUUGCGAAUUUGAGUCCGACGAUGAGGAGGAUGAGGAUGAGGAGAUGGGCGACGCCGAGACCACCCCCAACAAGAAGCGCAAGGCUUAG